AUGGGUGAGACGUGGCGGAAGUACCAUCAGCAGCUUCAUCUACUUAAUCAAAUACACGUGGAUCGCUGUGUAAUCAUCCCGAGAGCAGUCGUGAUGGAAUUCCAUUGCUUCUCAGACGCGUCACUGAAGGCCUACGGUGCGAGCCUAUAUGUUCGAAGCAUCGAUACAGGAAGAAGGGUGAAUGUUCAAUUCAUCACAUCGAAGUCGAAGGUGGCUCCGGUUAAAUGUAUGACGAUCCCGAGGUCGGGAGUGGACUAUUUCGGACCUAUCUAUGUUCGUCCGGCACCACGACGCGCUGCAGUAAAAGCGUACGCGGCAAUUUUCGUGUGCCUUUGUCGGUUUGUUGCCCGUCGAGGAAAACCAACCAAUAUUUAUGCCAACAAUGGCACUAACUUCGUUGGAGCUCGGAACAAACUGCGAGAAGUGCUGCGUUUGUUGCAGGAUAAACAGCAUCAGGAGACGGUAUCCAUAAAGUGUGCAGAAGAGGGCAUUCGCUGGCAGUUUAGUCCUCCGAGUGCACCUCAUUUCGGAGGCUUGUGGGAGGCAGCUGUGAGAUCGGCCAAACAUCACCAACGGCGCGUGAUUGGGGACAGCGUCGUGUCACCCGAAGAUAUGAAUACGCUACUUGUGCAAGUGGAAGGAUGUUUAAAUUCGCGACCACUUAUUUCUACAUCAGAUGACCCGAACGAUCUUGAACCGCUAACUCCUGCGCAUUUUUUAGUGGGAUCGUCAUUGCAGUCACUUCCAGAACAACAUUUGCAAGCAGUUAUGCAAAGGAUGCUCCAGGAUUUUCGGAGGAGAUGGCAGAGGGAGUACUUGUGUCAGUUGUAG